GCUGAAGACAAAUAUGACAUGGAAAAUCUUCAGAAAAUGUGGAACGAUGGGAAUAUGACGCAAUUUAUCAUGAAUCUACGUGAUGUAAUGGAUGUUCACGUCGUCGUCGUAAUCAGAUAUUAAAGACAUGAAUUCCACCAUGGAAAAUCUUGGAAACAGCUGGAAAAUCAUUUUUCAUCACUUUUUUUAAUGAGACUAACUACAAAAUGUUGAUAAUCUGAAUUUUCAAAAAUUUAAAUCAAGGUAAAUACCUAAUUUAUAAAUUUAAAAAUAUGCUCUGUUCAAUAAUGAAUAAUUU